AAAGCCCCAGGACCCUGUGCUGCCCCACACGGGACUUUUGGAUGGGGGUAGGAGGUGGGGGCUGCAGGGUUUUACUGCUGCCCCCACGCCCAGCAAAGACCAGUUCCCCCCAGUGCAGCCCAGGAGCUCCCCCAGAGCUGCUCCGCAUAAGGCACCCCGCGGCCACAUCCUGCCCCACGUGCCCCCCAAGGAACCCCUGGGUGAGGCUGGGGGUCUCCCACCCCAUUCCCGUGCUCUGAGACUCCACCAGCCUUGGAGGGGGUCCCCCUACCUUGGGGUGCUUCCCCUCUGCACCACCCCUUCUCAGACUGCUUGACGCCUCCCAGUUCAGCCCAGUUCAGCCCAGUUCAGUCCCGUCCGGCGGGUGCUGCUGGCUCCAGUCCCUGCUUUCGUGCUGCCGGGGCGAGGAGGUGCUUGCUCGGCUGCGGUUGACUCAGCUCCAGGCCACCAGCACCCUGCCGAGGGUGGGGACUGGGGGCCACCCACCUUCCCCAGGGUCCCCGUGGGGUGCUGGCGGUGGGACACGAGCCACUGUGACCCCCACGUGCAGUCCUGGGCAGGGUGGGGGGGCCGGGUGCCCAGCACCCCUCUGCACAGCGGCGUGGGUGCUUGUUUACUGCCCUGCUGUGCCCACCUGUGGGGGUCCCCGCGGGGGCUGGGGGACCACGGCAGCACCCGGGCCAGACCUGGGUGACCUUUGUGGGUGCUGGCUCUGUUCCGGGGUGGGGGGACACCCCCGUGUGCCACCAGUAAACAGGAUACGAGCAGGCUGCGGCGAGGAGGCAGUGGCAGCAUCGUCCCAGCUCCGGUGACAGCUGAGGGUCAGGAUGAUUUCCACCCCAAAGCGACCCCAAGGUCCCUCUCCAGAUGCUGGCAUCACUGGUGCAUGCCCGGCACCCUAAGCCACCCCGGCCACAGCCCCCCACUUCUUGCCACCCACCUGGGCCCGCCAUGGCACUGGAGCUGGGGGCUGAGGCACUGCUGGACCUGAGCUUCCUGACGGAGGAGGAGAGGUGUGCCAUCGCCGAGGUGCUGCGCCGUGACUGGCAGCUCCGCCGCCGCGAGGAGGGGCGCAUCAGCAAGCUCCGCAAGUCGGUGUCGGACCCGGUGCGGCUGAGGACCCUCACCGGGGACUGGUUCUGCGAUGCCCGUGCCCAGCGCCACCGGCACCACCUGGGCUCCGACCUUGUCCGCGCCUCCAUCCGCCGCAGGAGGCGGCCCCGGGGAGUGGGGGACCUGGAGUGUGGCCCCAGCCUGGGCGAGCUGGAGGCCAUCAGCGAGCCGCUGACAGAAAGGGAGGAUGAGGAUGAGGACGGUGUGGCAGAGCUGAAGGAGAGUCCCCCUACCGAGGAGGCGCAGGCGGCUGCAGAGCCCCAGGGCAGCCCCACGGCCCCAGCUCUGGAGGGGCACCUGGUGUCACAGCCCCUGCAGCAGGGUGAUGUCCCGGCAAGGGAGCAGGACACCCCGGCCCAGCCAGGCGACACGGUAGGUGGGAACCCCUUCGGCACAUCCAGCACGGAGGAAGAUGAGGAAGAGCCUGACUCUGCGCACAUCAGCCCCAGUGCUGGGCAGGGCCCAGGGACCCCCCAGACAGAUCCGGUAUCCCCAGGCCAUGUGCCCCUGCAGAAUGGCCACGUGCCCCCAAGCAGCCUGCUGAGCACCACCAGCUCCUCUGUGUCCAGCCUCAGCUCCUCCACGCUGAGCGGCAGCCUGAUGAGCCUGUACAGCGAGGGCGAGCUGGGCAGCGUGGCCGUGCGGGGCUGCGUCCAGUUCUCCCUCUGCUACGACCCGGCCAAGAAGGAGCUGCAGGUCCACGUGCUGCGGUGCCGCGAGCUGGCCGAGGCCAAGAAGCAGCGGUCGGACCCGUACAUCAAGACGUACCUGCUGCCGGAUAAGUCCAACCGCAGCAAGCGCAAGACGACGGUGCGCAAGAGGAGCUUGGAUCCUAUCUUCAAUGAGACCCUCAAGUACAAGCUGGAGAAGAGGGACCUGCAGGGCCGGACCCUGAACCUCUCCGUGUGGCACCACGACAGCCUGGGCAGGAACCUCUUCCUGGGUGAGGUGGAGAUCGCACUGGGCACCUGGGACUGGGCCAACACGCGCCCCGAGUGGUUCAGCCUCCAGCCCCGGAUGCCCAUCUCCUCAGACGGCCUCGCCAGCCGGGGCAAUCUCAAUUUGGCAUUGAAGUUCAUCCCUGCUGGCUCGGAAGGUGGGGGGCUGCCACCCACGGGCGAGCUGCACAUCUGGGUGAAGGAUGCUCAGAGCCUCAUCCCUCUGCAGAGCGGCACCGUGGAUGCUUUCGUGCAGUGCUAUGUGCUGCCGGAUGACAGCAAGGCAAGCCGGCAGAAGACGCGGGUGGUGAAGCGGAGCCUCAACCCCCUCUUUAACCACACCAUGGUGUACGACGGCUUCCAGGCCAAGGACCUGGCCGAGGCGUGCGCCGAGUUCACCCUCUGGCACCACGAAGCCUUUUCCAAGCGCCAGCUGGGUGGCAUCCGGCUCAGCCUGGGCACAGGGAGCAGCUACGGGCUGCCAGUGGGCUGGAUGGACUCGACGGCGGAGGAGCGGGGAGUGUGGGGGCGCCUGCUCCAGCAGCCCGGCCAGUGGGUGGAAGCGUUGCUGCCCCUGAGGACCAAUUUGGUCCCCCGGGCAUAGCCCCCAGCCCCCCAAGGGACCCCCCGGGGCCAGCGAGACUGUGGGACCCUCGGGGGAACAGAGCUGAGCCUGGAGCAUCACUGUGAGGGGCUGGGGUCUGCACGCCCCCUACUCUUUCAGCAGCAAUGAAGUGGCACCGGAGGGCA